AGUUAUGGCGCUAUAACUGGAGUUUUACAGACUGCUGACACAGCUAUGCAAUCAUCUCAGACUACCUCGAUUCACUACGCCAUGCACGAAUCACAGGAAUCUCAAAUCUUACCUUUUUCAAGGGCUACAGGAGGCAACUUCUUCCCUAACCAACCAACCGGACACUGCACGGAUCCGCCGCACGGCCAGCUCAAGUUUGACUCUCAUUCUUUUCUGGAAUAUAAUGGGAAUAACGGUCUCUACAGUCCCGGGAUGUAUGAGUUUGGGUUCCCCACCUCUUACGGUUGUUACGGAUCUUAUAUGGGCUCUUCACCUCUCCCCACGGACACAGGUGGGUAGCAUUAUCACAGUAUUUCACUAUUUGUUGAUUCGAGUGUGGCUGUGCCCUUUAAUGCCAUGAUUUGUCUGCUCCUAAAUGUGGACCGAGGUAAAAGUAGUUUCAUAUUGGAUAUUUGGUGGAUAUUCGGUUUAAUCGCAUCAGUAGCUAUUGAACGGCUUUUAAAAAAAUAACAAGUGGAUUUUUCUCCUUCCUCCCGAUUCAGAAUAUAUAAUUUUCAGUCAUGGCACGCUUUGUGUAAUAGCUAUUGAAGAUUGAAAUCCCCCUCCAAAAAAAUCGAACUAAAGGAAAAGCUGUGGAUUUUUGUCCAUCCUCCCUGAUUCAGAAUACACUGAGUGUACAAAACAUUAGGAACACCUGCUCUUUCCAUGACUGACCAGGUGAAUCCAGGUGAAAGCUAUGAUCCCUUAUCGAUGUAAUCUGUUAAAUCCACUUCACAGUGUAGAUGAAGGGGAAGAGACAGGUUAAAAAUGAUUUUUAAGCAUUGAGAUAAUGGAGACAUGGAUUGUGUAUGUGUGCCAUUCAGAGGGUGAAUAGGCAAGACAAAAUAUUUAAGUGCCUUUGAAUGGGUAUGGUAGUAGAUGCUUUGUGUUAGAGCUAUUGAAGAUUGAAAGCCCCCCCCCCACAAAAUAUUUUAGGACUAGCCCAUACUGCCCCUUUUUUAUUGUAUUUUCUUUUUAUUAACCCAUUAACUCUUCAGAGGACACAUCUUUUUUUGUUUUUUACAGCUUUUCUGCUACAUAUACGUACAUUUUACGUAUACAUUUUACAUUCAUGGUACUUUUAUAUAAAGCAAUCACAUCACAACAAUAUAUUACCAAACAUAAGCUCUAUUAAUCCAAGAUGAAAACCUUUCCUACGAGUAUUAUUCUAUUAUUUAUUGACUGACCAUGGCUUUCCAAAUCCCCAACACUGCUAUUUGUAAGGUUAAUUUUAAGUGAAUGUUGGAAUUUCUUUUACCAUUCCUGAACCUGUGACCAGAAACAAGCUACAUAGGGGAAAUACCAGAAUAAAUGAUCUAGUGAUUCUGUCUCCUCGCAGCAAAAUCUACAGAGCUGAGAUUGUUGUAUGCCACACAUACUUUCCCUUUUAGUAGCCUAUCAUUUGGCAAUUUCUGUGCUUUUCAGAAACAUUGUGUUGGUUCUUUAUGCCAGGUUUUGUUUUAAUCAUAGUACAGGCUACAUUGUGUUAAUCAAUGAUAGUCCUACUAUUAAUGGUCAUACACAUUUUCUCAGAGAAAGAGGAGAAGGAGCCAGAAGUCCGAAUGGUAAAGGGAAAACAAAAGAAAGUCCGGAAGCCCAGAACCAUCUACUCCAGCCUGCAGCUGUGCGCGCUCCAGUGCAGGUUCCGAAUGAGGCAGUAUCUGGCGCUACCUGAGCGCGCGGCGCUGGCCGCUUCACUAGGUCUCACGCAGACACAGGUGCGCUAUGUUAAUUUUCUGACCAUGAUUGACUUUAAUGAUAAUCAUUUAUGAUUUAAAAUAGUAUUAUUUUCAUUAUAUGCUAAAUGUAUUUCAUAUGUACAGUAAGUACAUAAGUGCACUACGCUUUCUGCCAAAAGGUCUGGAGGUAGCAGUGUGCUUGUAUGAUAAGAAUUUCAAACACCACCUAUACUUCCGCAUGUCUACUCCUCUCCCAGGUGAAGAUUUGGUUCCAGAACCGUCGCUCAAAGUUGAAGAAGCUGUGUAGAAACGGGCAGAUGCCACCGGAACAGCAGGAGAUCCCGUGUGACUCCCCUAGGUCCAGCAGCUCUCCUCAGGCCACAACGGUGCACUGGGCCCCCCAUGGGAUUACCGAGACAGGAGGCUCAAGCAAUGAGCAAGACUGUAUCCCUCCAAUCGCCCCAUCCUUUUACAGUAACUACUCUUGGUACUCAGCAACAGACUCUGUGGCACUCUCCCAGCUGAGUCCAGUACUACAUCAGCAACCUAAUCCUACAGUUGAUGUGGGGUCAAUUGAUUGA